GACCAUGGCCGACUCGAUUGCGGCGCAGCGCCUCCGGCAGGAGCGCAAGAACUGGCGCCGGGACCACCCCGCGGGCUUCUGGGCGCGGCCCGUGGCGGCCGACGACGGCAGCCUCAACAUCAUGGUGUGGCAGGCAGGGAUUCCCGGCAAGGCGGGGACCAUGUGGGAGGGCGGGACCUACAAGAUGUCGCUGACGUUCUCGGAAGACUACCCGAGCAAGCCGCCGCUGUGCAAGUUUGUGCCACCGCUCUAUCACCCGAACGUGUACCCGAGCGGGACGGUGUGCUUGAGCAUUUUGAACGAGGACAAGGACUGGAAGCCCAGCGUCACGAUCAAGCAGAUCCUCAAGGGCGUGCAGGAUUUGCUCGACUCGCCCAACAUGGCCGACCCGGCGCAGCGCGAGCCCUUCCAGGACCUCAAGAACGACCCGGAAGAGUACAAGCGCAAGGUCAAGCUGAUAGCGCUCAAGAACCGUGACAACACGAACUAAGACAUCCCAUUUUUACACCA